AUGGGCAUCAAGGGACCCGAAGUUCAUGAGACUCAGCUUCUCAACAACCAAGAUGGCUCACCUGAGAAGCAGAGCCGAAAGGCUUCACUGCCCUUCGUGUUUCAAAGGUCUCGAGAUAGCGAAUGCAGUCUUGAAACAGUUCACAAGCACGGUUGGAAGCCAUUGACUCUCAGUGCUCCAGUUCUUUUCUCCUUCGCGUUCACGUCCUUCCUUCUUGCGGUCAUCAUCGAGAUACUCGCCCAACAAAGCCAGUCGAAAGGAGGCCUCGCCCUCUCGAAGUCAGCCGACGAUAUACCGGCUUUUGCAAACUUUUGCUACCUGUUCCUACCCACUAUCGUUGCCGUCAUAUACAGUCUGCUCUGGAGCUGGAUUGACCUUGACGUCAAGCGAAUGCAACCAUGGCUGGAGAUGUCAAGACCAAAGGGCGCUACGGCAGAGAAGUCGAUGUUUCUGGACUACCCGUACGACUUCAUCGCCUUCGUUCCGAUCAAAGCGGCCAAGAGAAGACAUUGGGCAGUUUUUUACGGCGGAACGGUCAUGGUCCUCAUCUUCUGGGUAAUCACACCCCUCCAAAGUGCGAUACUUGGAACCGGCCCAGUUGAUGUAAGACGGCAAGUCAACAUAUCUGCUACUGAGACUCUUCGACCAGCUUCAGAGCACUUUGGAUUGAUGGAUGUAACUAUUCUCAAUGAGGGCUAUGCCCAGACUUGGCUAAGCCAGCGAUUACCUCCUUACACGACUCCGGAAUACACGCUGCUCCCCUUUGACACAAAGAGUCAAGCUAUCCAAGGAUCCUCGACCAAUUGGACGGGAUCCACCACUAAGUAUUGGACUCAAUUGGAAUGUUGGCCUGCGGAAGUGCACAUGAACGGUGCCCCACGAAAACAAAACCACGACUUCCUCAAUGGCCGUGGUUGUAACGCCAGUGAGAUCAACAGCUACGGAGACAACAGGUUCCCUUACCAGAUGUUGUACAUAGGUUAUCCUUAUAGUUCGUGGGUGGACUACUUUCUGGGUGCCACAUGCUCAAAGCAAUCGGCAGGCCAUCAGUUUCUAGCUACGUGGGGUCACUCGGACUAUCAGAAGAACGAGAUCAACCUCACCGCCAUAUUCUGCGAACCCAGCUACUACAAGCAACCAGUCAAUGCCUCCAUCAGGGCUGCCGAUCUCGUCCCUUUGGAGAACUCGGUUGUACCGCUGGGUCCUCGGGAAAGACUUUUGGAAACAGAGUUUAACAUGACAGCUUUCGAGCAUCUACUAGGAGCCGGCGUGUUAACAGACCAAAUGAACACCCCGAAAGAUGGUAAGAAAGAGUUCCCGUUUUCCCGUCUACUGGAACAGCACCAGCAAGUCGCCAACUUAGGUAUCAAGUGGCCGAUGGCCCCGAUGGCAGGGUUCGCUAUUGGCUCACAAAAGGACGUCAAGACACUCGAUGUAUAUCGGGACGAGGCCAGCUUGGGCAACGCUUAUAACUCGACACACAAGAUGCUCUUCUCUCUCGCACUCAGGCGGGUUCUCCAACGUUCCGCGGCUGCAAACACCACUAUCGGAAACAUCGAUGUCGAGCUGCACGGUAUCAUUGUCAGCCGUGUCUUCUCCGCUGUGGUCGAAGGAAUGCUAGUCAUUGUCGGGAUUUUCACGAUACUCUUAUGGUUUCACGGCUACAGGGCACCCAGCAGGUUGACGAUGGACCCCGCCUCUUUGGGAUCACUGAUUAGUCUCUGUCAAAACAGCACGACACUUCUCGACAAGCUUGCUGGAAAGGGAGCGCUACCUGAGGAGGAUCUAAAACAGUCUUUCCAGGACUUACGAUUCAAAUUGUUCUGCGGGUGCCAGAGUCGUUCAGGGCAAAUGGUCAUCAAAGUAGUCGAUACCCGAGACAACACAACCGAGGAUCGAUCCAUUAGCUUGGCCCAGCCCGACACCGCCUUCUCCGUCGGCCACUACUCCCCGGUCAAGCCCAUGGCCUUACGCCAAGAUGUUGGUGCCAUGGUUACGUUGUCGAUGAUAGCGGCUGUUGGCGGAUUAGUCUACUUCAAGUUGCUAGAGAGGCGCAACAAAGGAAUCGUCCGUCCGAACGCAAGCUUCGAGGUGCUGCAAAUUCUCGAGAACUACGUGCCAACUAUUUUUGCAACUUUGCUGGAGCCCUUUUGGGUGCUCGUCAAUAGGCUUCUUUGCAUACUGCAGCCAUUUCAGGACUUGUGGUCCGGCAAGCGGUCCGCCAAGGGCUCCAUCAAUGCCAGAUACACUUCUCUGCCUCCGCAACUUGUUUUCUGGCGUGCGGCCAAGUCGGGCCACAUCAUCCUCACGGCCAUGUGCACGCUAGCUUUGCUAUCCAAUCUUCUAGCUGUUGGUCUCGGUGGUCUCUUCAACGAAAAGCCAGUAGAUAUGGAGCUUCCUUACGAAUUUCAACAAUCACUUAUGCCUCGAAUGAACAACACAUCCAUUUACACGGAAACCCGCAAAACCCUUGCAGACUCGGCACCAUACGAGAUUCCUUUCUACAUCUUCAUGAACAACGUGUCUCAGAACACGCCACUAACACCGUGGGUCAACCACGACUACUUCUUUCAGCCCUUCAACAUUGUCCCCAAGGACGAAGAUAAGACGAGCGGAACCACGUUUACGGCGCGGACCAGGGGCUUCAGUACUAACCCAUCCUGCUCUGACUUUGGAACUUACAACACGACAAGGAAAGCGCCUCAACUAAAUUUCACAAUGACCAGGAACGACGAGGCUGUGAAGGGUUGCAGUACAAGCUUCGAUACGAAAUACAUGACACUUGCCGAAUACGACAUCUUCCCCGGGCCGGCUUCGAAGGAGAUUGUGCAAACGUUGGACGAAUCCUAUGACUUGACAUCCUGCGAGACCCCUUUGCUCAUGGGCUGGUCGCGAAUUUCUCAUGCUUCGAACAUCACGAAACCGACAAACUCGACAACAAGCUCGAAACGUUCGCAGAGUACCGAGCUGGGGGACGGAGAGAUGGCAAGCACGUUCGUCAUAUGUGAACCCGUCUUCGCCACGGCCAUGUUCGACGUCACGGUGGACUGGCAGGGCUACAUCAUCAACGCGUCCCGGGCAUCCGAUGUUUCGGCAACGCUCGACUAUCCCCUCUCGACGAACCACACGGAUGCGAUAUCCGCCUACGUCAACCGGCUCAUAUUCUCAACUCAAACGAACUGGCACAACGAUAGCUUUUCCCGGGACUGGAUGAAUUACCUACUCAAGAUCCAACCGGGCUACGCCAACCUCCUCGAUCCGACCGUCCCACCAAACGCCACCGCGUUGAUCCCCACCCUCGAAGCCGUCUACCGCCAGAUCUUUGUCCUCCUCCUCGGCAACAACCAGAACUUCCUCGACACCUAUCCAGAACCCGUAAUCAUAUCUGGCCUUCGGCACACCACGGAGACGCGCAUCUUCAUGGACGCCACCGCCCUCGUCAUCAGCCUCGUCGUCCUGGCGAUCAAUAUCGUCGUAGCCAUCGCGCUCUACGGCCUGGCGAUCAAGCACUUCCUCCCGCGCAUGCCCACGACCAUUGGGUCCAUCCUCGCCUAUCUCGCGCCCAGCAGGGCGGUGCGCGAGUACGACGGCGCCGGCGGCAGCCUCGAGAGAAGCGCCACGUUCAGCUUUGGUCGGUACGUCGGCGAAGACGGGCGCGCGCACGUUGGCAUCGAGCUUGAUCCCUUUGUGGUGCCCGUGAAACUCUCCGCGUUGAGAAAGGGCGAUACGGAACCGAGGAAAGGUCUGCUUGGAAGGCUGCUGGGGAGAGGGAAAGCGGGACGGGGAGGUGAUACGUGGUUGUGA